AUUACUUUUUUUCAAAAUCUUAUAACAAAACCUAAAGCUUUCUUUUCACAUUUUUUUAAUAUUUCAUCGGAGCCAUUUCAAUCGAUACACAUGGGGGACUUAAACGGUGCGUAUUACGGACCAUCGAUUCCACCGCCGAAGAAAGUCUCUCACAGCCACGGCAGACGCGGCGGCGGAUGCGGUUGUUUAGGUGACUGUCUUGGUUGCUGCGGCUGCUGUAUUUUAAGCGUCAUCUUCAACAUCCUCAUAGCCAUAGCCGUCUUGUUAGGCAUAGCUGCUUUGAUCAUCUGGCUCAUAUUCAGACCCAACGGUAUCAAAUUCCACGUCACGGAUGCUAAGCUCACCGCCUUCACACUCGACCCGGCCAACAACCUCCGAUACAAUCUCGACCUCAACUUCACGAUCCGCAACCCUAACCGACGUAUCGGUGUUUACUAUGACCAGAUCGAGGUCAGAGGACUCUACGGCGAUCAGCGGUUUGGUUCCAGUAACAUCUCGCCGUUUUACCAGGGGCAUAAGAACACCACGGUGGUCGGAACUAAACUCGAAGGACAGCAGUUGGUGGUGCUUGACGGCGAAGACAGGAAGGAUCUGAACGAGGAUGUGGUUUCUCAGAUCUAUAGGAUCGAUGCGAAGCUUAGGCUGAGGGUUAGGUUUAAGUUUGGGUUGGUCAAGUCGUGGAGGUUCAAGCCAAACAUCAAGUGCGAACUCAAGGUUCCUCUCAGUAACCCCAACACGACCAGCGGGUUUCAGUUUCAGCGGACCAAGUGUGACGUUGACUUUUGAUGCUAGUCAGAGUCAAUGCUGUUAUACACUUUUGUUUAUUUGAUUCUUAUUUUCCGGUUUAGAUUGUUUUCUAUUUGAUUAUUUUCAUACGUUAUAUCGUUGCAGAGGUAUAUAUUUGUCAUUAUGUAAUUUCUUUAUUGUAUGGUACUACUUCCAUGUAAAUAAAUAAUUACUUUUGAUAUUACAA